AUGAGAGCUGUUAUUGCAUUGGAGGAGAAGAUCAUUGUCAGUAAACUUGGAGACAACGCUACACUGAGUUGCAUUUAUCGAGGAAGAGAACUGCACUUAAAAAAUUUACGGGUAUAUUGGCAAAUAGCUGACGAUCAAGAAGAGUGUUCAGUUGUACAUGCACUGAUCUCUGGUCAAGACAACGAAAGUGAACAGUGUAUUCACUUUAAAAACAGGACUCAAUUAUUCUGGGAUAGAUUGGAAAAUGGCGAUUUUUCUCUGCUACUGCUAAACGUCAGCCAGAGUGAUGAACGUAGGUACAAAUGUGUAGUACUGCAGAAAACUGAAUAUACCAGAAUGAUUCACCAGGCAGAAGUGGUUCUCAGUUUAGCAGCUAGUUAUAGCCAACCAAUACUCAGUGGACCGAUAAGAAACAGUGGAGAGGAGGUGACUUUCAGCUGCAGGUCCGGCAAUGGAUACCCAGAACCCAAUGUUUAUUGGAUAAAUAAAACAGACAACAGCCACCUGCCUUCAUCAGAGUUAAAGAUCACCCCCCACGUCGACGGCACUUACAGCGUUUUUAGCACACUGAAGGUUAAAGCCACUUCUAACAUGCAAAUAGAGUGCUCCAUAGAAAACAAAAUACUGCAGGAAAAUCUAUCCGCCAACUACACACAGCAGAAGCAAAGCAAUGGUUCUAGCACAGAAAGUCACAAAAACCUGGGAAAGAAUGGAAGAGGUGCUCAAGCAGCUGGCAUCGUUUCCAUUGUCAUUCUGAUAGGUGCUCUAGCUGUUUUAACCUGCUGGCUGUGCAGACGGAGGUCUUCUAAACUAGUGUCCUACACAGAUGUCCAACCAAAUGAAGAGAAAGGAGGACUCAACUGUAAGUAUUAA